CCCGCUAAUCGUCAAGGCUCCCCAGUCCAGUCCGAAUAACCGUCUACUUCUGCACCAGGAUCCCGCUCGUACGGCGUCCUUUAAUUGGCUUUUCCACUCGGAAUCCCAUUGCUAGUAGAAAAAAAGCGAAACCUGACGAUGGAAGGAGAUGUCGCCGAGAAAUUGCCCUACAGGGCCGAGUAUGCCAAAAGCGGAAGAUCCAACUGCAAAGCAUGCAAAACAUCUAUUGAGAAAGGCGCCCUACGCCUUGCCUGUAUGGUCCAAUCUCCCUUGUUCGACGGCACUGUUCCUAACUGGUACCAUUUUAUUUGUUUCUUCACCAAACAAAGGCCAAAAUCUGUAGGAGACAUAGCUCAUUUCGAUUCUCUGAGGUGGGAUGACCAAGAGAAAUUAAAGGCAAAACUUAUGGAAGCAAGUGGUGCUCCAAUUACUGCAAAAGCUGGUAAAAAAGCUUCUAAACGAGGUAAUGAAGGCAUGAAAAAUCCUGCCUUGAAAGAUUUCAAAGUUGAAUAUGCCAAAUCUUCGAGAGCAAUGUGUAGAGGUUGCGAUUUGAAAUUAUCAAAGGGAGAAGUAAGAAUUUCCAAAAAAGAUUUUGAAAGCGAAAAUGCUAGGAUGUAUGGCGGGCAAGACAGAUGGCACCAUGUCGAGUGUUUUGUAAAAUUGAGAACCAAUCUUGAGUUUUACGAGUCAGGCGCACUUUUACCUGGCCUGAAUGAGCUAAAAGCUGAAGACCAAAAAACAGUCAAAGACGCUCUUCCUAAAAUUGACCCUCCGGCCACAGUUAAAGAUGAAACAGACGGCCCACCCCCAGAGAAAAAAAAGAAAGAAUCAAACUCAACAGGCGAAAAUGAAGAGAUGAAGAAACAAAACAAAACUAUGUACAAAUACAGGGAUUCGUUGAAAGCUCUUACCAAGACUCAACUUACUCAACUCUUAGUUUACAACAAUCAGGAAGAUCCUGUUGGAACUGACAGAAAAUUAGACAGAUUAGCCGAUGUGAUGACCUUUGGGGCCUUGCUUCCUUGCGAGGCUUGCAAGGGUAAUUUUGUCUAUCGAACAGGUGUAGGCUACCAGUGUCAAGGUGAUAUCAGCGAAUGGUCCAAAUGUGAACAGGUGGAGCAAACUCCCAAACGCACUUUGUUUAAAGUUCCUGAAGAUUUAGCCAACAAAUUCCCAUUUCUAGAAAAGUACAAAUGUAAAAUUGGAAAUAGAAUUAUAUUAGAUGUAAAACCUACUGUCUCUUCAGAAAGUGUAGAAACAAAUAAGGUAGAAAGGUUUGCACCAUUUAGGAAUAUGGUGUUCUUCUUAGUUGGAAAAACCCCGACUCCCAAGGCUGAACUGAAGAAGAAGUUAGAGAUGUGGGGAGGAAAAGUUGCAUCGAAAUUGACAACUGAUGUCGUACUAGUAAUUUCGACGAAAGAGGAGGUGGAUAGGCUCGGCUCCAAAAUGGAAGAGGUGAAAGAACUGAAUAUUCCCGUUGUCCCUGAACUUUACAUCGAAGCCUGCAGUGAGGCUAAUCCAAUUGAUAAAAUCUCCGAGCAAAUCAUCAGUCCUUGGGGAAAUGAUCCAAAAGCAAGAAUACAAGACAUCAUUCAAAAGUCUUCCCAGAAAUCUAAAAGUUCAAGUCGGUUCACUAAGAAAAGUGCAUCAAAAGUAAAAUUAAAAGUGAAAGAUGGAUCGGCAGUCGAUCCUGACUCAGGGCUUGUUGACAUUGCUCACGUUUAUAAAGAAAACAAUGACACGUACAACUGUAUACUCGGGCUUUCUGAUGUCCAAUCUAAUAAAAACAGUUACUACAAAUUUCAACUUCUUGUAUCAGAUUCUGGAAGAGAGUUCUUCAUAUGGCGAGCUUGGGGAAGAAUCGGUACAAACAUUGGAGGCAACAAACUCGACAAGAUGCCAGACAUUCAAACUGCCAAGAGAGAGUUUAAAGCUUUGUUUGAAGAGAAAACGGGCAACCGAUGGAAGGACAGGGAAAACUUUGAGAAAAAGCCGAAGCUUAUGUAUCCCAUUGAGGUUGACUACGGGCAGUCUGAUACUAUAAAAAUGUCUCAUGAGUCGUCUGUUGAAUCCAAGUUACCAAAGCCUGUUCAAGAUCUUGUUGCAAUGCUAUUUGACGUAGAAAUAAUGAAAAAAGUCAUGAUGGAGUUUGAGUUGGAUCUAGAAAAAAUGCCGUUAGGAAAACUGAGCCGUAAGCAAAUCCAGAAGGCGUAUGCUGUUUUGUCUGAGCUUCAACAGAAAGAUUGUGAUUUGAAAAAAGGAAUCAUCAUCGAUGCCACCAAUCGAUUUUAUACAAUUAUUCCACAUGAUUUUGGUACCGACACUCCUCCUUUAUUAGACAAUAAGGAAAUAAUUCAGGCGAAACUGGAAAUGCUUGAAAGUUUGAUGGAGAUGGAAGUCGCCUACAGUUUGCUGAAGGAAACUAAGGGCGAAGGAGACGACAGUCAACAUCCACUUGAUGCCCACUACAAAAAACUCAAUACGGAUAUUGAAGUCCUAGACAGAUUGAGCGAUGAAUUUAAAAUUAUUGAAAAUUAUGUUAAAAACACUCAUGCAGAAACUCAUUCCAACUAUAAACUUGAAAUCAUGGAAAUAUUCAAAGCGAAGAGGAAUGGUGAAGAUAAAAGAUACAAGCCAUUCAAAAAGUUGCCUAACAAGAAACUCUUAUGGCAUGGUUCUAGGAUUACCAACUUUGUUGGCAUCCUUUCACAAGGAUUGCGGAUUGCACCACCUGAAGCUCCAGUUACCGGAUACAUGUUCGGUAAAGGUGUUUAUUUCGCCGAUAUGGUUUCAAAAUCAGCAAACUACUGCAUGACGUCCAUUGCUAAUCCAGAAGGAUUGUUGUUGCUUUGUGAAGUCGCACUUGGAAAUAUGUAUGAGAGAACUCAUGCUGAAUUUAUUGAAAAGCUUCCUUCAGGCAAGCAUAGCACUAAAGGUGUCGGUGCAACUCAACCGGACCCCACUGCUAGCAUAACGACUCCAGAAGGGGUUGAGAUACCUCUAGGAAAGGGUGUUCAAUUGACCGAUAGAUCAACUACUUCUCUUCUUUACAAUGAAUACAUUGUCUAUGAUGUUGCGCAGGUCAAGGUUCAAUACUUACUCAAGAUGAAGUUUAAUUACAACUAAUUUUGUACAUGUUCCACAUUGUUAAUAAUAUGUAUAUGGAGCUUUUA